CUGAUUGGACAACCAGACAACAGAGGACAAAAGCACAAAGUACCAAACGAAUUAAGAAAACAGAACAAAGGACAAAUUCCUUCAGGGACACCACAGAGGACGAUUUUAAACCUCCUUGAUCCUUAAGAAAAUAUAUUUCAUGUGAUGUGCAGACAGCUAAAGGUGCACAGCCAAUAUGUCUGACUCAUCAUCAUCAACUGAAAAACCAGCUGUUAAACGAAAACAAUUCAAAUGUGACCAGUGUGAUUAUUCCACGCCAAAAAAAGUCAGCUUAAACAGACAUGUUAAAACACACGCUGGUGAGAAACCCUACAUGUGUGAGCACUGUGGAUACAGAGCAGCCAAGAACAGCCAGCUACGAGAACAUCAGAGGACACAUUCCGUAGAAAAACCCUACAGAUGUGACCAGUGUGACUACUCGACUGCAUAUAAAAGUUACUUGACGGUACACAUGUCAAGACACGGUGUCGAGAAACCUUUUGUUUGUGAGGAGUGUGGUUACAAGACUGCUGUCAAGCAAGACUUGGCCUCACAUAUGAUGAGACACACCGGUGAGAAACGUCACAAAUGUGACCAGUGCGACUAUUCUGCUGUGUAUAAGAACGAUGUACGCAGACACAUCAAGUUCAAACACUGCGGUGAGAGGCCGUACGUUUGUGAGGAAUGCGGGCACAGAACGGCUACGAAGGGUCAACAAAAUUCCCACAUGAAAAAACACACCGGGGAAAGACCGUUCAAAUGUGACCAGUGUGACUAUGCCGCUGCCACGAAAGUCCAUCUAGAGAAACAUAUCAUAAGAAGACACACAGGUGAGAAACCGUACCUCUGUGAGGAGUGUGGGUACAGGACAGGCGUUAAGUCUGACUUAGCCUUACACAAGAAGAGAAGACACACUGGAGACAACAAAUGCGAACAAUGUGACUACGCUACUGCAAAGAAAACAGACCUAGACAGACACGUCAAAGCAAAGCACAUGAAAAAACACAAGGGUGAAAAAUCUUACAAAUGUGACCUGUGCGAUUAUUCAACAGCCUGGAAAUACAGCUUGGACGAACACAUAAAAACACACACCGGUGAGCGGCCCUACAUGUGUGAACACUGUGGAUACAGAGCUAGGCAGAAAUGCCAGCUACUGAAACAUCAGAGGACACAUUCUGUAGAGAAACCCUACAAAUGUGACCAGUGUGACUACUCCACUGCACUGAGAAGAAACUUGAAGUUACACAUUAUGAGACACAGUGAUGAGAAGCCUUACGUGUGUGAGGAGUGUGGUUACAAGACCAAGAUGAAGCAAGACCUGACCUCACAUAUGAUGAGACACUCUGGUGAGAAACCUCACAAAUGUGACCAGUGCGACUAUUCUGCUGUGCAUAAACACGAUGUACACAAACACAUCAAGUCCAAACACUCCGGCGAGCGGCCCUACGUUUGUAGCGUAUGCGGGCUCAGAAUGUCUACCCUCUCUCAACAGUAUGUCCACAUGAAAACGCACACCGGUGAAAAACCGUUCAAAUGUGACCAGUGUGACUAUGCCGCUGCAACAAAAGUACAUCUAGACAAACAUAUCACAAGGAGACAUACUGGUGAGAAGCCCUACCUAUGUGAGGAGUGUGGAUACAGGACAGGGGUGAAGUCUGACUUAGUUUUCCACAAGAAGAGAAGACACACUGAAGAGAAAGCUCACAAUUGUGAACACUGUGACUAUUCCACUGCUACAAAAACAGACCUAGACAGACACGUCAAAGUAAAACACUUGAAACAGUUUGAGAAACCCUACGCAUGCAGGGAGUGUGGGUACAAGACAGCUUUCAAACCUUACCUGAACCGACACAUGAAAAAGCACACAGAUGAAAAAGGUUACAAAUGUGACCAGUGUGACUUUUCUACGACAUGGAAAUGGCAUCUGAAGAAGCAUGUCUCAACCAAACACACGGGCGAGGGACAAGGGGAGGAACCCCAAAUGUGUGAGAUUGAAAUACUUAGCUAAAUAAACUGAUGAGAAACUAGAGAUAGGAAUUUUGUGUGUAUAAUAUGGCCAAAAUGCCUAUGUACCAUUAGCACGUAGGCAGAACAUACUGCGCCUGCACAGAA